AACGCAUCUCACCGCGACGGUAGUCGAUAUCCUUGCACGGACCGAUCAGCAAGGGCAACACACACGUCACGUCGCGCGCGCACUACCAUCAACGUCGAGCUGGCCGCGCCGAGCGUGAGAGAUCGCGCUGUUUGGAUCGAAGUCAGGUGGAAGUGCCGCGGAUAGGGUUGAAACCUGAACCGGAAGUUGCCCCGGGGUUACGGAAAGUAAAAGAGGGUGGGAGAAAGAAGGAGACAGACGAAAACCUCUUCGAUAGAACCUCGGAAGCCGCGAAGGAGUUGCGUCAUCGUGUGCGCCUCGACGGCAGCGGUAUUCAUCGCGGUAGUCGUCGGCGCGCCUGGCUCGCUAGGCGUCGCGGGUUACAGAGAGGUCGCAAAAGAGGCGGUAAACUAGCAUCGAUCGAGUUGGUGAUUCGUCGCAUGCUCAUCCCGGCGGCUCCUGUAAGAGGUCGACCGCGGGGUAAAAGCGAGAGAGAAAGACAGAGAUAGACGAAAGGUGGAAAGAAAAAGACAAGGCGGGGCGGCGGAGGAAGCACCGACAGGCAGGAAGACGUGAAAACAGAGGCAGGAGGUGGCCGCGCGGGUGGAGCGGCCGGAGAAGGUACACGUACACGUAUACGCACACGCACACCGCGGCGAUCGAGGAAGGCGAGGCGGCAAGCACGGCUGAACUCGCAACGGAAUGGCGUGGGGCUACUGGAGCGCGACUUCCGUCAGCGAUCGGGGUCGGUCACCUCGCCGCGAGAAGGACAAACAGCACCAGGGCCUGCACCAGGCAUCGCAGCAGCAGCAGACGCAACAACAGAUACACCAGACGGAGCUUUCUGCGCAGAGCACCUACAGCACCGUGCAGCAGGAGAGAGAGCUCGGCGUGACCACCCCCGGUGUGGGAAUCGCGGAGGAGCCACCCUGCAGCAUGAUGAUCCAGGGUGGUUCCUUCUACUCGUACUCGGCGGCGACGGCGGCGGCGGCCGCCGCUGCCGCGAACCGCCGUAUCACCGUUGCCGAAGGUGUCGGCCCAUCCUCCUCGUCCACCACAUCUACCGGCAUCCAAGUGUUACCGCGGGAGCGCCACGUGAGACCCGGUACCAGCUCGUAUGCACCGUCGUCGCCGGGUAGCGGCGACUCGGCCGAGUACGAGCAACCCAUCGUUGGUCACCUCCGCGCCGCCGCCGCCGAUAUCUCGCCACCGUCAUCACGUAUUGGCGGCAGCCCGCCGCACCACCACAUGUAUCACGACGACAUCUUCGCGCAGCCCGGCACCUCCUCGUCCGUUAUCAGACCGUCGAAGCUGCUGCAGUGCCCGCCGGACGACGGUAUGGACGAGUUGUCCGAGACUGAGCUCGACGAAGUGAGCAACGUCGAGAUGAUCUACGGACGCGGCAUUGGACCCACCGCGACAUGCCGCGUGCAUGGACCGUGUGGUCAGCAGCCGCUGCCGCCGGAACUCGCACACUCGAUGACAUCGCUGCUCGACGUCGAGCCUGUGGGUCCGUCGCAGUUCCAGCCAUUCAACGAGAUCACCUGGGUUUUUCCAAACGUGCCGCCUGCCCCUGGGAUGCCAUGUCAGGGAGAAGACAGAAGCAUCUACAGACGUGGCGCACGUAGAUGGAAGAAGAUGUACUAUGUGAACGGCCAUACUUUUCAGGCGAGACGAUUCAAUCGGAAGUCCUUCUGCGCAUUCUGCCAGGAUCGGAUCUGGGGCCUCGGGCGGCAGGGAUUCAAAUGCACCAUCUGCAAGCUGCCCGUUCACAAAAAAUGCCACAAGGUGAUACGCAUUCCGUGCCUGAGCCCGCAGCAGCAGCAACAGCAACUGCAGAGCGCCGAGUCCCAGACGAUCGACAGAAACGGCGACCAACAGCUUGAUUCGUAUUCGAGCGGCCAGGCGAUUCAUCUCGAGGAUGAGGAGUCGCCUAUCAUGGAAGAGCAUUCGCGCGAUCGAAUCGGAAAUGAGGAGGGCGAAGAACUACCAUUAGAUACACUGCACGAGGGUGAUGCUUCAAACGAUAUGCAACGACAGUACUCAUUGAACGACUUCGAGCUGAUCAGGGUGAUCGGCCGUGGUUCCUACGCAAAAGUCUUGAUGGUAGAACUGAAACGUACCAAGAGGAUUUACGCGAUGAAGGUGAUCAAGAAGGCCCUGGUGACGGACGACGAGGAUAUCGAUUGGGUGCAGACGGAGAAACACGUAUUCGAGACGGCAUCGAAUCAUCCUUUCUUGGUGGGCCUGCACUCCUGUUUCCAGACACCCUCGCGUCUAUUUUUCGUGAUUGAGUUCGUGCGUGGUGGCGAUCUUAUGUUCCACAUGCAGAGGCAACGCCGUCUUAUCGAGGACCACGCGCGGUUCUACGUAGCCGAGAUCAGUCUUGCGUUAAAUUUUCUGCAUGAAAAAGGUAUCAUAUACAGGGAUUUAAAGCUGGACAAUGUGCUGCUCGACCACGAGGGACACGUGAAGCUUACGGAUUAUGGGAUGUGCAAGGAAGGUAUCCGGGAGGGCGACAACACCAACACGUUUUGCGGCACACCCAAUUACAUCGCUCCUGAAAUCCUCCGUGGCGAAGAGUACAGUUUUUCGGUGGACUGGUGGGCCCUGGGAGUCCUGUUGUACGAGAUGCUGGCCGGUCGCAGUCCCUUCGACAUCACCGGUGCUUCCGAGAAUCCAGAUCAGAACACUGAGGAUUUCCUGUUCCAAGUUAUCCUGCAGAAGACGAUACGUAUUCCGCGAUCGUUGUCCGUCAAGGCGGCGUCGGUACUUAAAGGAUUCCUUUGCAAGGACCCUGCGGAGCGUUUAGGUUGCGGAAAGAGGCCCUCCGGUUUUCUCGACAUCGUUGCUCAUCCCUUCUUCAAAACGAUCGAUUGGGAAAUGCUGGAGCAAAAGCAGAUUGCGCCGCCCUAUAAGCCACCACUGGAAUUUGAUCGUGAUCUAACGAACUUCCCGCCCGAGUUUACGGACGAACCGGUUCAGUUGACUCCCGAUGAUCCGAGGGUAAUCGAGACGAUCGAUCAGAGUGAGUUCGACGGCUUCGAGUAUGUGAAUCCUCUAUUAAUGUCGCUGGAGGACUGCGUGUGACAAGAGCCGCUUCUUAUUGUGCCUCGUCACAAUCAAGACCUUUACCAGCAGCAGCAGCAACAGCAA